GGAGGAAGGAGACUUUUCAUCCAUUGUUUGCUGAGCUUUGGUAUUCCGCGUUGCUGAGCAGGGCACGUGUUAUUUCAAGCAUUCCCGCGCCCUCUUGCGAGAAGUUCUGGCCACCUUGGACAAGUUCUACCUAGAGUUGCUCUGGACAGGUGAUAUGUUUAGCACUGAGCAAGGUCACAGGAUCUAUCAGAUGAGCCUCCGAAUCGGACUAUUAAUCCUUUCUUUACCAAUAGCAGCUCUAUCUCUCCUCAGGACCUCGUUACUCAAUUUCUACCACGAGCUCGUACAAUGGCGAACCAACCUACUAUACUAGUUAUUGGAGGGGGUUUGGCAGGACUUUCUGCAUCACACACAGCAUUGGACCAUGGAGCUCGAGUGGUUCUAUUGGACAAAAAGCCAAAUUUAGGUGGAAACUCUGUCAAGGCAAGUUCGGGAAUCAACGGUGCAAACACGGAAGCACAGAAGAAACACGGCAUAUCGGAUUCUGUUCAACUCUUCUAUAAUGACACAGAGACAUCAGCAGGGACCCUUUCCCGCCCCAAUCUGAUACAAGCGUUGACCGCUAAUUCUGCCGGAGCACUCACUUGGCUUACUACGCAGUUCAAGAUAGAUCUAUCUCUGGUUUCCCGUCUUGGUGGACAUUCCGUUCCCCGCACACAUCGUGGCACGGGUGGAGCACCAGGUUGGGCAAUGACUUCGGCUCUCAUCAAGAAACUCCAGGAAGUCGAGUCAUCUCAAUUCAAUCGAGUACGGGUUAGACAGGGUGCGAAGGUGAUCAGAUUGCUAGAGGAUGGAUCUGGAAAGAUAGUGGGCGCGGAAUAUGAAAAUGAAGAGGGCAGGUAUGAAGAAAGAGCCGACGCUGUAAUUAUCGCUACAGGGGGCUAUGCUGCGGAUUUCUCUGAUCAUGGUUAUCUCUCGAAAUAUCGACCCGACCUCUUCGCAUUUCCUACCGCAAGUGGAGAUCAUGCCACCGGAGAUGGGCUACUUCUGGCCACUUCUUUGCAGAAACCGGCUGCUCUGCUUGAUAUAGAAAAAAUACAAGUCCACCCUACAGGGUUUGUAGAUCCUAAGUCGCCGAUGGCCAAGACGAAAUUUCUUGCCGCAGAAGCCCUUCGUGGUGCUGGCGCUAUUCUGAUUAAUGGGAGUGGCGAACGAUUUGUAAAUGAAUUAGAGCGACGGGAUGUCGUGUCCGGCAAAAUGCACGAAGUAAUCAAAGCAGGGGAAGCUCCGAUUAGGUUGAUCUUGAACGAAGAGUCGUCUGCUGCCCUCAAAACUCACUGUGACUUUUAUCUUGCAAAGGGACUAAUGAAAAGAUAUGACUCCGGAGAAGAAUUUGCCAUUGAAGCGAAACUGCCUUUGGAAAACCUCCGUAACACGUUUGGUUCGCACACUAUGUAUGGAGAAGGAAAGGCGACCGACCCGCUCGGAAAAACGUAUUUUGAUAACUCCUGGUAUUCCGUCGAGAAACCUGUUUUGGUCGCGGAGAUUACCCCCGUUCUCCACUACACUAUGGGGGGGAUAUCAGUCGACUCGUCUGCGCGUGUUCUCGACUCCCAGGGGGUCCCAAUUUCUGGUUUGUAUGCUGCUGGAGAGGUUAUUGGUGGAGUACACGUUCGAAACAGAUUAGGGGGGUCUUCACUUCUUGAGGCGGUGGUGUUUGGACGCAUCGCAGGCGAGACUGCCGCCUCACUCUGAUGCUGUAGGGAAGUCACGCCCUUGAUUUAAUCACCGUCCUUGAAUCACCACCAGGUCUUUGCUUGGUCCUUAGCACUCGCAACCACAAGUGAUGGCCUUCCAAUCAUAUGCCACAGUCAUCUCCGCCUCCAUUAUCGCUGACACAAACCCUUCGACGCCACAGUCAUAUGCUGAGGGAUGUUCUAUCUUACCCGCUGCAAACUUUGAACACAGUCCUGCAUGACUGUGUUAAUUUGUAGCCAGGCACCUACACUUGUAUCUGUGUCACUAUGUCUGUGGCGUGGAACAGAUGCGUUCUGUGCUCUCCUUGCUAAGGAUCAGUUGACUCCAUAGUCACGGAUCCAGCCAUGUCGUACUGGAUUGCACGCUCCUUCAUUAGAGGCUCCCUCGCUCCACCGGUGUAACAAUCAGCCCGAAAAUCCACAAGUGUGAUCGCGUUGGAGGUUGAUCCUUCUCAUGCUGAAAAAUGAUAUCAAGUCAUUUAACGUUUUGACAUUGAGUCAGGCUGACGGUAUGUGAACAAUCUCGAUUUCAGGGCCAAGAAAGAAAUCUAUCUGUACCAGACAGUACUAAGUCUGUCAUUAGGUACGCUGGUGCCCACCGG